AUGGCUCCGGGGCGGUCAAUGUUAAAUAGAAUCGGGCUCUACAUCCCUCGCUCAACGUCUCUCUUCAACCAGCCACCGACCACCACGAACCCCCUGUCCACCUGCACAUAUCGGCUUUUCUCUGCUCACACACUCUUCCUCCGGUCACUCGCUCACCGGCCGAGCCACAUUGCCAUUGGGUUUUGUUCACAAGCGGCGUCGUCGUCGUCGUCAUCUACACGAGGAAGAGCCCUUCAAUAUCCGAGACCAUUAGCAAGGAGGGUCGUGCGGAGUCCGUAUUCUACAGUGGUCGUCCACAACAAAGGACAAGCACGCGUCCGCCGGACAAUCAGCUUCCUCGUCAUCAGCACUGUCUGCUUUGCGAUUGGAGCCUAUUUCGCUGUGACCUACGCCUCUCCUAUUCCCACCCCGUUACUCAUGGGUUCAAUGCCCUCGGACGCGGAGACCCUCUCCCUCUACUCCCCGGACAAUGACUUCGCACGUGAAGUUGACGAACACAUCAAGAACUGUGCCCUGGCGCAGUCACUGCGGGCAAAUCCGGAUUUCAUUGAAUCCCGACCGCACCUCAAAAUUCCCGAGGAAUUGAGACAACACAACCUGACGGCGGGGACAUUGUCCGGGCCUGGCAUGAUCGUGGUGCCCCCAUAUUACUUUAACGAGAAAGACGGCAAAUCAAUGGUGCAGAUAUUCUACGUCGGGACUGACGUCUCAGGACACCCGGGAAUCGUCCACGGCGGGUUUUUGGCGACCAUGCUGGACGAGGGACUGGCGCGAUGUGCGUUCCCGGCUAUGCCGAACAAGGUCGGCGUGACGGCUAACCUGAACAUCAACUACCUCAAGCCGACGAUGGCGGGACAGUUCCUGGUGCUGAGGGCCAAGACGACAAAAGUUGAAGGCCGUAAGGCGUGGGCUGAGGGCUGGAUUGAGAGCCUUGAAGUUGCCGAAGGCGAGGAGCCCGUUAAGUUGGUCGAGGCCACCGCGUUGUUCGUUGAACCAAAACAUGCAAAGGUAUUAAAAUCCCUGUACAGGGUGACCUCAGCAUGA